UGCUGCUGCAACGUCUGCCUUAUCCGUGUGGGCGGUGUCCCUGCUGCUGCUGGGCAUGUUGGGGGCGUCACAAGCGUCCCGCCUCAGCACCCGCUACGACGAGAACAGCGGAGAGAUCCUGAUAGUGUCCAACGAAGAUGGUCUUGAAAUACAACUGGCGUACAUCCCAGUAGACAGCACUAGUCGCUCUUCCACACCACGCCAUGUCAGAUAUUUUAAUGGAGAAGUUUUUGACUUUGGUAACAGCAAUAUCACCAUCCAGCGCCAAGACAGAGCUGGCCGUUGCCUCGGUGUCUAUCAGUGGGUGAACACACCCAAGACGGUUCUCAAAAGCUGCCAGAACCACCUCACCAGCCACAUUUACGGCGGUACCGAGUCUACCAAACAGGUUUUUCUGACUGAGCAGAGAACGUAUGACAACUACGCGUUCGUCACCAACCAGACGCACUAUGCAGGCAUCGCUACACGCUACUGGCUGUUCUCCGAUGGAAGAUUCGUACGCGUCCAUUCCAACGUUCCCCUUUUUAUUGACCAAAACACAGAUCAGUCACCGGAUGCAUUAUGUUUCACGGCCAAGAACCAGAGUCCCUACCCAGAAGACCGACCAGACAACCUUUUACAGUGGGAUAUCUGCUCAUUCGGAAACGCUAGGGAGGCCCACGAACACGCAGUCCAGAAGUACCUGGGGAAGCCGGCGGGAGUCCCAGACGAGCGCAUGGUCACCCACCCGGUCUGGGCCACACUGGCGCGCUACGACAUCGGCGUCAACGACUCUUUAGUGAGGGACCUGGCGAACGAGAUAAUCGCCAAUGGAUUUAAGAACAGCAACAUCGAAAUAGACGACAUUUGGGAGACCUGCUACGGCAGCCUCACGUUCGACCCAAACCUUUUCCGGGACAUACGGGCUCUCACAGAUGAAUUACACUCUCUGGGCUUCCGCGUGACGCUGUGGGUUCACCCAUUUUUGAACCGAGGCUGCGAGCCGUACUAUUCGGAAGCCGUGAAGAAAGGCUACCUUGUGUCCAACGUGAACGGCAGCACCAUCACGCGCUGAUACCAUGGAGUCACCGGUGUUGUCGACUUCACCAAUCCUGAGGCAGUGACUUGGUGGACCAGUCGACUGUGGGCGCUUCGCAACGAGUCAGGGAUCGACUCGUUUGAUUUUGGCUAUGGCGAGGUAAGUUUCUUGCCGACGCCGUCCACCGUAGAGCCCAUAGAGCGAAACCCAGUGGCCUUCAGCGACGCGUAUGCGAAGGUGA